UCUGAUAUAAAAUUUGAAUUUUCCACCUUCUUUCUUCUACAUCCUUCAUGUUUUGUGCAGGGAGAGGCGGUGUCUACACUUGUGGGCCAUACACAGUGCGUCUCCUGUGUGGUUUGGCCUCAACACGAGACGAUUUAUUCUGCAUCAUGGGAUCACUCAGUUAGAAAAUGGGAUGUUGAGACGGGCAAGGAUUUGUCUGAUAUAUUCUCUUCACAUAGUUCUUGGAUUUCGGAUUGCAAGUGGCACAGUUGGUCAUCUUUUCAUUUACUUUCAUCAUCCUACGAUGGGAAAGUUAUGUUGUGGGAUCUAAGAACAGCGUUUCCUCUUGCUAUCAUCGAUUCACACAAAAACAAGGUAUUAUGUGCAGGUUGGUGGAAGGGUGACUGUGUGGUGAGCGGUGGGGCUGGGGCACAGCUCCGUAUAUCCUCGGACAUCUCUAUCCAUUGAGGUAAAAUCUCGCUAUAUUUAUUUACAUGUUAAUCAACCAUUUUGCAUUAUCUGCUAGAAUGUGAGUGAGACUUGUCCUGUUGCCUUUGUUCAAUCAAUGAACAUCUAAAUGUUAAAAACUGGACUGGAGGUUGAACUUGUUGGACCUCCGGUUCCCCGAUCGAACCGGUGGAAUUGGACGGUUUGAUGCUUCCUUGAUUUGUUAAUGUUUAAAUGCUUUAAACA